UCCAAGAUGGCUGCGCCCAGGGAGAGGGCCCCGGCAAUGCGCUAGGGCAAGCGGGCGCUCGCCGCGCUGGACGCCUCGGAGCCACAAUCGGACCCUGCGGGGCUGGCUAGACGGCCGUGUGUCCCCUGCAGGUGUGCUCGGCUGCAGCUGCUGCUGCGGGACAGCCGGCUUUGUUGCAGCGGAGCCGGCUGGGGUGGCCAAAUUCUUCAGAGUCGGCGACCUUUUUGCACUUUACGCAAUUGCGCUUCCCCGUAUAUCUGAGCGUGUGUGUCUGAGGAUGUUCACCCUUCCCUAGUGAGUAGCCACCACAGACAACUUCUACGGCUCUGGGACGAGAAAAGGUUGGGUGCUAGGGUUAGGCCUUCCCCCUGUAUUCUUAUCUUUGCAGCCCGAGGUUGCUAACUCCAGGUUGGAAAAUUCCUUGAGGAUUGAGCUGGAGACUGGAGAAGGCGGGGUUUGAACCUUGAGUCUCGCCUUUAUCCCAAAAGCUGCUGACGUGUGUGACUUCAACUUCUUCAGGAUCGCAGCUGUCCUGCGAUCCAUGACAUUGGAAAGAAGGAUAGCCAGGCAGCCAUGAAUCGGGUGCGGAUGUUAUCGCUAAUGCCGGUGUGGGGCUCUUCUGCUGGAAGAAGCAGUCUCCUGGCACGGGCAGCUUCAAAACAGAAUCUUCUGCAACUACAGAGAAGGAGCGGUCUUCAGAACUCCUGGUCCGUUCCUGUAAGGUGUUUUCAAGCGAGCACCACAUUUAGCAGUUCCAAAAUUGCCCGUUCUGUCCAGGGCGACAAGGACCGCGGCAAAAGCGCCGCCAACCGAUCCUUGACGGUUGUUGAAGAGCUCUUUGAGAGAGAAGCAAAGACCAAAGCUACCUUUCAGCAAGCCGUGGACGUGUUCUGCAAACGGGAGAUCCGCCGCCGGGGCCACGUGGAGUUCAUCUAUGCGGCCCUGAAGAAGAUGGUGGAGUUUGGCGUGGAGAAAGACAUUAACAUCUACAACAAAAUAUUAGAUAUCUUUCCUAAGGAAGUGUUUGUGCCUCGGAACUUCAUUCAGAGAAUGUAUAACCACUAUCCCCGCCAACAGGAAUGUGCGGUCCAGGUGCUUGAGCAGAUGGAGACAUAUGGUGUCAUGCCCAACAAGGAGACAAAAUUUCUAUUGCUGCAGAUCUUUGGGGCCAAGAGCCAUCCUAUGCGGAAAUACCAACGGAUCAUGUACUGGUUUCCUAAGUUCAAACACAUCAACCCUUAUCCAGUUCCAGACCCUUUGCCAGCGGACGCCGUGGACCUAGCUAGACUGAGCCUGCAGAGAAUAGCAGCUGACUUGGAUGCCAGAAUUACGACCUAUCAGCUGCCUCAUGUGGAGAUCUUGGACUCUGGAAAAGUGGUCGACUACCCGCACAUCAUAGGAAUCCAGAGUCCCGACCAGCGGUCGCUCUUGGCAUGCCAUAAUCCAGAGAGGCCCGUUUUUGUUGAAGGCCCCUUCCCCUUGUGGCUGAAGAAGACUUGCGUGUAUUACUAUGUGCUCAGGGCAGAGCUGUUACCUCUCGAAGAAAGGAAAGAGGAAGUGAUCGACCCAGAAAGGAAUUUCUACUACCCCAUGCAGCUGGAUAUUGAUCUGGAACGGGACGAGUGGGAGGAUGAGGAAUUUGACAUCGAUGAAGUUGAAGAGGGCCCUGUAUUUGCCAUGUGCAUGGCAGGGGCCGGAGACCAGGCCACCUUGGCCAAAUGGAUCGUGGGACUUCAGGAAACGAACCCUGUUUUGAGUCAGAUGCCAGUCGUGUUCCGUCUGACCCCAGGGCCCCGGGAGCUGAAGUCCGGAACUGACUUGGAGGAGAACAGUGAAGAGGAGACGGCGCGAUCUCAGAGUGUCAACCGGGAGGCCUGAAAUCUAGAAUUUGUUUGAAAGCUGCAAUAAUGUCCGUUUUAACUGUACAUUAGAGCCCCAAAAUGUUGGUGUGGUUAUUCCUUCGAAUGGGACUCAGAAACUUUUGCUUGCAAGAGUUAGGAGCACUCAGCGCUCCCGAACCGGCCAGCUCUUUCUUGGCCUGUGAUGUUUCGAAUAUAGAUGGGCAUGGUUACUGUCUCUCUGCUUUCUCAAAAAUGCAAGCUGUUGAAGUUAGCCUGCCUUUGAGCAUUAAAAUUGCAAGGAACUGACGAGUUGAUUUAAUCCUUGCUUCUCUUUGUUGUCUUGUGUGAGAGGUUGCGGCUGUCUCCUCCCACAUUUGAAAGAAAAGUCAUCCCAAAGGACUGUGCAGCACAGAUGAGCCUUCUCUGUGUUCCUCCUCCUUCCUCCAGGACUGACCUUUUGGGUCCUUUGGCAGCUUCCUACCCAUUGCUGCAGGCCUGGUGCUUAGAAGGAACUGAGAGCCUUCUUGAGUCUUGGGGAUAAAAUCCAAAGUGUCUGGAGUGGAACAGAAGGAAACAAAGAGCGUGGGAUCACUCUCUGAACACAUGCUGAAUCAGGCCAGUGAGCUAUCAGAGUAUUAUUUACUCACAUGGCAGCAUCUCUCCAGGGUUUCAGGUAGCGGACUUUCACAUCACUUCCUACCUGAUCCUUUUACCCGGAGAUGGUAGGGAUCGAACCUGGCACUUUUUGCACGCCAAGCACAUGUUCUACCAUUGAUUCAUGCCCCUCCCUCUCUCCUAACUUAGCCGAACUCUGAAGUUACUGUCUCAGGCAGCCCUGUCCCAGCUGCCUCUUGGUUUGCUCAUAGUCACAAACUUUCCGAAGUUUCUGAGCCCAGCAUCCGUGGGGCCAGGGAGUGAUUGUUCUCACCACGAUGGCAGCCAUCUUGUGGUGGCACCUGCUGUUGGUGGUGGAGAGUGCCGUCAAGUUGUAGCUAUGGCGACCCCUGCUGGGGUUUUCAAGGCAAGAGACUAACGGAAGUAGUUUGCCGUUGCCUGCCUCUGCCACCCUGGCCUUGUAUGGCGAUCUCCCAUCCAAUUACCUACCAAGGCCAAGUCAGAUUAGUUUCCGAGAUCGGAUGGAUACCCUUUCUCAAAAUUCCAAUCUUGCCCACAGUUGGAGACUCCUGAGCUAGUUCAUACAACUCUGAUGUAUACAAAACUCUGGGUUUUAGCUUAACAUUCCUCUCGAGAGGAAUAUGAGGAGAAACAGAAUAACUUUAUUGUCUUACAUACACAGCAGCAUAGAAAAGUAAUGGUAGCAGCAAUAUAAGACAGCAAAUCUAGGCAGUUCAGUGAUUAAAAUUUACUUGU